AUGCUCGGCAAAAUCGCCCUCGAGGAAGCCUUUGCGCUUCCACGCUUCGCCGAAAAGACCAAAUGGUGGGCCGGCAUGUUCGCAACAGACACCGAGAAACACACUGCCGAAAUCAACGACGUGGGCCCCAUCCGCCUAGACUUCGCCGAGAAGCACGGCGUCGGCCUCCAAAUCCUCAGCUAUACCGCGCCGGGCGUGCAGGAUAUCUGGGAUGCCAAAGAUGCGCAGGCCUUGGCUGUCGAGAUCAAUGACUAUAUCGCCGAGAAGGUGAAGGCGCAUCCGGAUCGUUUUGCUGCAUUUGCCACUCUAUCCAUGCACAACCCUCAAGAAGCAGCCGACGAACUCCGCCGCUGCGUAACCCAACACGGCUUCCUCGGCGCCCUAGUAAACGACACACAGCGCGCCGGCCCCGACGGCGACGACAUGAUAUUCUACGACAACGCGCAAUGGGACAUAUUCUGGUCGACCUGCACGGAACUAGACGUCCCCCUCUACCUCCACCCGCGCAAUCCCACAGGAACAAUCUACGAAAAGCUCUGGGCCGAUCGAAAAUGGCUAAUCGGGCCCCCACUCUCCUUCGCACAAGGCGUAAGCCUACACGUACUGGGGAUGGUAACGAACGGGGUCUUCGACCGACACCCAGGGUUGCAGGUGAUAUUAGGACAUCUGGGAGAGCAUAUUCCAUUCGACAUGUGGCGGAUUAACCACUGGUUUGAGGAUCGGAAGAAGGCGCUUGGACUGGCGGAGACGUGUAAGAGGACGAUUCGGGAGUAUUUUGCGCGCAAUCUGUGGAUUACGACGUCGGGUCACUUUUCGACGAAUACGUUGAAUUUCUGUCUCGGGGAGGUGGGUGUUGAUCGGAUUUUGUUUUCGAUUGAUUAUCCGUUUGAGACGUUUGGGGAUGCGUGUGAGUGGUUUGAUGGGGCGGAGAUGUCGGAGGUUAAUCGGUUGAAGAUUGGGAGGGAGAAUGCUAAGAAGUUGUUUAAGUUGGGGGCUUAUAAGGAUUCUGAGGCUUGA